AUGGGUGCAGGAAUUGAGGGCAUGCCGCAGAACUGGGCUGAACUUUCGAGCGAACUGAUCCAUUAUUCCACAACUGAUGUCGGACUUGCUGUCUCUCCCUAUCAACAACAUACUGGGUCGCCGACCGGCUCCCAUCUCGAGGUCUUAUCGCAGCCGAGUUCAGGAGACGAGGCAGGCUGGACAAUGGUAGACUCGGCACGCCAUUCUUUCGAGUACAAUGGACCGCAGUAUUUCGUUGACCCAAAUCACACCAUCCACAACAGAACUCUUUCAGAAUCGUCUUACUCAGAUCUCGAGCCUCAGCAAGGCACAUUCAUGUCGAAUCUCGACAUGGGCCCGUCCCAAACCGUCUAUUCUCCCACCACACUUUCAGAUAGCGACUACGAGUAUACACAUAGCCACGGUCACCGCUUGUCAAUAGACCAUGGACAUGGUCCAAUGCCAGGAAUGGACCAUUCAGCAAUGUCCCAGCCAAUCGCUAUACCUUCCCAUGACGCGUCAUCGCCAGCUCGGUCGCCGGGCUCGCAAGGUUCUGCUGGCUCUCCUGGCCGUAAGGCUCAGCGCAAGAGUCUCAUCGCAGCCAAAGGCACUGACAAAGUCACGAAGAGAAAUUCGCAGGGAAGCAAAGGCGAAGGCGAAAAGCGUGUCGGCAGGAGAAAGGGGCCUCUUCGACCAGAGCAGAGGCAACAGGCUAGCGAGAUCCGGAAGCUCCGUGCCUGCCUUCGAUGUAAGUUCUUGAAGAAGACUUGUGACAAGGGCGACCCCUGUUCAGGUUGUCGGCCAUCACACGCUCGGCUAUGGCAAGUGCCCUGCACCCGGAUCGACAUCAAGGAUAUUGGCUUCUUCCUCAAGGACUGGAAGUUCGACUAUGAACGACACAUCUCGCUCGGCUUCUCAGUCGGCAAUAUCAAGGGCUUCUCAGACACAGAGAAGACACUCUACGUUACUCACGGCUAUGGUCACAUCCUUCCCGUCACUGCCCGUGAAGUGUAUGUUCGGGACGAGAAGUGCUUGAAGAUGGAUUGGAUAGAAGCCAACCGCGCUCCCAGCGGAUACGAGAUCUCUACCGCCAAGUUGUCAGCUGGUAUGGAGGGUAUCUCAACUACGAUGCUGUCCGACUACCUCGAUCGGCAUAUCGAUGGCUCCGGGACAUUCGAGAAGUUCGUUGAUGAUUACUUUGAGGGCACACCUUUCCUAUCGCAGAUGCUCAAGACAGCAUAUCGGUUCUACGUUCGUACUGGGGACAAAGUCAUCAAGAAGUCUCUGAAGCUGAUGCUGGCGUACACCCUUACCCUACACAUCACCAUGGUGGAAGGACUGCCGUCAGAAGAGCCCUUCAUCGGCAAGAUCGAAGAGGAGACCUCGAGAUUCUACGGCAAGACCAUGGCACCCGUCAUGAUCAAUUUCCAGAUCAAGUGUGCAAUGGCAGAUAUGUGGCGUGAGCUGCACAAAGACGUUCUUGAAGAGCUGUCUUCUCUAUACUCAAGCGUGUACAGUGGGGACAAGCUCAAAAACUGGCCAAGGAUCUUCAUCCUAGCUUCGGUGCUGCUGGCGGUCUGGGAGUGCAUGCAGUUUGAUUGUCACUAUCGCGUACCAGACAACGCUGCCGUCGAGAAGUUCUGCAAUGACAUGGAGGACAAGCCUGUUGGCGUCAUCAUCGGUCUGUUCCAGGCCAUCUCCCAGAAGCUACCUGCCCUCAUCGAUUGGGACACUAGCAAGCAUCAUGGCCUCCUGAACUCCGACAAAGAUGUCUGCAGUACCUUGACUGAAGUUCGUGAACACGUCGCUCAGUAUGAAGACUACCUGCGCGGCAGACAGGACUCCAAGUUCGACCGCAAGGAUUUCGACUCCCUUUCCAACAAAUUUCUAUCACGACUUGUCAUUCGCGCAAACUAA